AUGUCCAGCGUCUCCUUUCAACGCUACAGCGAUGAAUUCAAGUCUUUGAAAAAGCAAGUUCAGGACUCCUUACAUGAAGGAUUCAAGGACGUGGAAACUGGCGACACGGGAAACUUGCUGAGUCAAUGCGAUGAAUUAUUGCAGCAAAUGGCACUCGAAGCCCGAAGUGUUGCAGAUCCAGGUACCAAACGAGAGCUAUUACAACAAGUUCGAGGAUGCAAAUCGGAAUUGCAAGCAUUGAAGGAUGAUCACAACAAGAAGUCAUUAAUGGCCUCGGCCCGAUCAGGCAAUGGUACUGACAAUCGCGAACGACUCCUCCAGCAACAGGAAAUGCUUACGAAGCAAAAUAGUCAAUUGGAGAACGCUAGAAAGGUUUUGGAAGAAACCGAGGCUGUUGCCAUGGAGAUUGGAGAAGAAUUGUCACACAAUCGAGAAACUAUUGAAUCGACACAUGGCAGAGUUCGGCAGGUCACUUCUCUAACGGGACGCGCACGACGAGUAGUUCAAUCAAUGAACCGGCGUGCUGUUCAACAGCAGAUGUUGCUGUAUGGAAUGGCCGCCAGUGUGGUCAUUGUCUUUUUCGUGCUAGUGUGGUGGAUGCGUUAG